AUGCUUAAUGGAAAUCCUCCAAAAAACAAUUUUACUUGGCAUUUACCAAAUGGAAAUAUACGUUUAGGACAUUAUUUAAAUAUAUCAUCAAAUACACAUCCUCAAUUAUCAAAUAUUGAUUGUACACCACAAAUAAUCAAUAAACAACUCGAUGAACAAAAAUCUCGUGAUACUAAUGAACCCGUUGCUAAAUAUGCAUAUGAACAACCAUUAGUAUCAUCCGUAGAUGUUGAUUUAUUAAAUUCAAAUACAUCAACAUCAAAUCGUCGUAAUAAAAAACGACGUCCAACAAAUCGUAAUCGACAAAUUAGUAAACAAUCAAGUGAGGAAGAAGAUCAAGAAAUUGAAAAAAUGUUUUCGACAAUUAAACAUCGAUCACGUGGACGUGAUUCAACACCCGUCUCAAUGCAUGACGAUAAUAUGAAUAAUGAUAACAACGAACGUACUGAUUCAUCCUUACCAAUUGUACGUAAACGUAGUGCAAGUGAAAGUGAUUUACCAUUUUUUCAACUUGAUGAUGAAAAACAAUCAGAAUCAUCAACACCAUUUGUUGAUGCACAUAGUCGAAUGAAUAGUAUUGAUAGUCGACAAAAAUUACUUAUUAUUCCACCAAGAAUAUCAGUAGAAUCCGAUAAUGAUGAUGAUGAUGAUGGUGAUGAUGAUGAUAAUAGUUAUAGUAGUAGUCCAGAAGAUAGUAUUCCUGAUGAAGAAUUUCAUCAAAAAACUAAAAGAACUCUAUCAAAUCCAAUACCAAUUGAACAAAAACCAAAAGAAGAUGAUUUAUCAAAAUCUGAUAAUCUGUUAAAUCCAUUACUUAAUGCAAUUUUUUCUCAUUCAGCACCAUUAAAUAAUACUAUUGAUACUGUUCCUAUUCGAAUGAGUCAAUCAAUUAAUCCGAAUCCUUAUUUUUUAAAUGAAGAUUUUACACCACCAUCAUCAUUUGACAAUUCUCUAUCACCACGACCAACAAGUCCAAAAUCUGAUACGGAAUAUGAAUUAGAACAAUCAACAAAAAUUAAUCGAACAAAUGUAGGUUGGCGAUGGAAAUGGGGAGAAUUGCCUGAACAAAGACGAAGUGUUUUUCGAUAUUUAUGGCCAUCUUCAGCAAAAUCAAAACAAGAUGCACCUAAAGAAGAAAUCUAUCUUGAUGAUAUUACAAAUAAUAAAUGUAAUGAUCGUUCACGUUAUUUACCACAAAUGGAUUAUCUUCAAUAUCAACAAAAACCCGUAAAAGAUGAAGAUCAAGAAUCCGGAACUGGAAAUUCAAUACCAAAUUCCCCAAUUCGCGAAUAUGAAGCUUCUCUUCUUGGUGACGUACAACUUUCACUAUGUGGAAAUGUAAAUAAACAAUCGCCAAUUACUGAUGAUAUAUUUGAUAAAUAUCUUGUUCCAUAUGAAACAUUUGCGAAUAAUCCAUCAAUUAUUAAUGAUCCUAAUUUAGUUGUACGCAUUGGUGGAAAAUUUUAUAAUUGGAAUGUAGCUUCAGCACUGAUUGCUUCCACAAGUAUUUAUCAUAAAGAAUUACCAAUUGAAACAGUUGAAGAUUUACAAGAUAAACAUAUGACACCAACAAAAUCACGUACAACAAGUAGUAGUAGCAGUUGGUGGCCAUUUUCCGGAAGAAAAUCUGACGUAACCACUGAAGAUGCUUCAACUGCAGAAGCUCUUGCUUUAGUUGUUAAAUCUGAACUUGUUCCAACAAUAAUAAAAAAUCAAAACUUCAUUCGUAAUAAUUCUCAUGACAGUGAACUAGAAGAUAAUGAAGUAAGAAAAUUAACAGAUAAGAUGCGACAACAACAACAACAACCAAAAACAGUUCCAGCAUUAAAAAAAACUAUGACACUUACAUCUGAUCAAUUAAAACGACUUAAUCUUAAAUCUGGCGCAAAUCAGGCUGAAUUUAGUGUUACAACCGCAUUACAAGGUACAACUGUUGUUGAAGCAAAUAUUUUCCUUUUUGAUCAUAUGACAAAAUUUGUUAUAUCAGAUAUUGAUGGCACUAUAACAAAAUCGGAUGUUUUUGGUCAUAUUCUUCCAUUAGUUGGAAAAGAUUGGUCACAUGAUGGUAUUGCCGAAUUUUUUCAAGCCAUUCAAGAAAAUGGCUAUCAAUUUAUAUAUUUAUCUGCACGUGCUAUUGGACAAAGUCGUGUAACAAGAAAUUUUUUACGAAAUAUAAAACAAUGUGGUAGUAUAUUACCAAAUGGUCCAUUACUUAUUUCACCUGAUACAUUAGUAACUGCACUUUAUAGAGAAGUGAUUGCGAAAAAACCAGAAGAUUUUAAAAUUGAAUGUUUAAAAAAUAUUGCAAGUUUAUUUCCUGAUAAAAAUCCGUUCUAUGCUGGUUUUGGUAAUCGAAUUAAUGAUCAAUGGGCAUAUACAGCUGUUGGUAUACCGGUGACUCGUAUAUUUACAAUUAAUCCACGUGGUGAAGUUGUUCGACAAAAGAUUUCUCAAGUAUUAUCGACUUCAUAUAAAAAUUUACAUGAAGUAGUUGAUCAAGUAUUUCCUCCGAUGGAUUCAUUUUCUGCCAGUGAAUCUUAUUCAUCAUUUACAUUUUGGCGUGAUGAACCUGCUAUUGAUUCAUUAGAAAAUGAAAUGCGUGAACAUUUAGAAGAAAUGUCUAAACGACAAAAAUCCAAAGGUAAAAGUGUAACAACAACGCCAACAACACCAGGCGCUGCUUUACCAAAAACAACUCCAACAACAACUGUGACGAAAUCUGGAGGUGAAAAAUUAUUAACAUUAGCUCAAGCAACAGAAAAUACGGUGAAAAAAUCUUAA